CCCCGUCUACAAAAGCUCCGGCAAUCCCCCGCACCGGGAGCCCCAAAAAGCCAUUCCCUCUUUUUCUCAUCAUCUAUUUCCUCCGUCACCAGAUCGCCAGAUUUUUCCUGAUACUUCCGACCGCGGAGAGGAGAGAUCCCAUCGAGCUCGCGCAUUCGUGGUUCCAUCCUCUGCGUCGCGCGGCGGCGAUCUCGAUUCGUUGUUAGUAGUUUCGAUUUCAAUCGCCAUGGGAUUGGGGAAGAGCGAGGCGGGCUCGUCGUCGUCGCGGCUGGACCCGGCGCCGCUGCUGCCGCAACACGGCAGCGCGGAAGGCGGGGGCGGCGGCGGCCUGUCGUCGCAGCCCAAGACGUUCGCGAACGUCUUCAUCGCGGUGGUCGGCGCCGGCGUGCUGGGCCUGCCCUACACCUUCUCGCGCACGGGGUGGGCGGCGGGGUCCAUCCUGCUGCUCACCGUGGCGCUGCUCACCUUCCACUGCAUGAUGCUGCUGGUCUCCUGCCGCCGCCGCCUCGCGGACGAGCACCACCCCAAGGCGCUCGCCUCGUUCGGGGAUCUGGGCGCCGCCGUCUUCGGCGCGCCGGGCCGCCACGCCGUCGACGCCAUGCUGGUGCUCAGCCAGGCCAGCUUCUGCGUCGGCUACCUCAUCUUCAUCUCCAACACCCUGGCGCACCUCUACCCGGCCGCCUUCGCCCCGUCCCCGAACCUCCUCCUCUCCCCCAAGGCGCUCUUCCUCUACGCCAUGCUGCCGUUCCAGCUCGGGCUCAACUCCAUCAAGACGCUCACCCUCCUCGCCCCGCUCAGCAUCUUCGCCGACGUCGUCGACCUCGGCGCCAUGGGGGUCGUCGUGGGCCAGGACGUGUCCGUCUGGCUCGCGGCCCGCCCGCCCGUGGCCGCGUUCGGCCCCCCCGGCGCGCUCCUCUACGGCGUCGGCGUCUCGGUCUACGCAUUCGAGGGCGUCUGCAUGGUCCUGCCCCUCGAGGCCGAGGCCGCCGACAAAAGGCGCUUCGGCGCCACGCUCGGGCUCUCCAUGGCCUUCAUCGCCGCCAUGUACGGGGUGUUCGGCGCCAUGGGGUACGUCGCGUUCGGCGACGCCACGCGCGACAUCAUCACCACCAACCUCGGCGGCGGCUGGCUGUCGGCCGCCGUGCAGCUGGGGCUGUGCGUCAACCUCUUCUUCACCAUGCCCGUGAUGAUGAACCCGGUGUACGAGGUCGCCGAGCGCAUGCUCCGCGGCAAGCGCUACUGCUGGUGGCUGCGCUGGUUGCUCGUGGCCGCCGUCGCGCUCGCGGCCAUGCUCGUGCCCAACUUCACAGAUUUCCUCGCGCUCGUCGGGAGCAGCGUCUGCGUGCUGCUGGGCUUCGUGCUGCCGGCCACCUUCCACCUCAAGGUGUUCGGCGCCGAGAUGGGCUGGCUCGCGGUUCUCAGCGACGCGCUCCUCGUCGUGCUCGGCCUCGUCCUCGCCGUCUUCGGCACCUACUCGUCGCUGGUGCAGAUCUUCCACUCCUCCAGCGCUUGAUUCAUGGAUCGCUACGCCGGUGCGCCGACGAUUAUUUUGGUCGGUGCAUCGGGCUCAUCCACGCACUAUGGAGAAGCACAAGGGGAUCAGAAGAUGAGAGGGGAGUUGCCUGG